AGACGAGUCUGCACACGCAUUUACAUGUAUGCAAGAGUUUAAUCACAUGGAAAUAGUGUGUAGCGUCUGCAAACUACCCCAACGCUUAAUGUAGUUAAUUUUAGGUUUAUAAUGAAAUAAUAUAGAUUUGCCGUAAGAUUUGUGUAAGCGUGAGAUUCAGCGUGAAUGUCACGCCAGAUGCGUGAGAGUUGGCAGCCCUAAACAUAGAAAAACGGCCCCAUCUGCUGGGCGCUGACUGGAAGGACAGCUAGCUUCGGGCGCCGGUCGAGUCUUUUGACGAACCUUUUGGAAUCUGGUGUUUGCCGGUCUCAGAUCGGCUCUUUUUACAGUCGCGUGCCCGUCAGAAUAAAGCGCGCCCACGACGCGCGUUUCCAUGGGAGCAGCUAUAAACAAAUAAGAAUAAAAAAGCCUAACCUCAAUAUUAUGGGGUGCUCGUUAGCUGGAACUUGACUGAGGUACCCGGUCAUCCAAGGGUUUCCACAUUCCGGUAGGCUCCCGAUGACAUGCCCAAGUUCCAGGAGCAGGAGGUCCAGCCGGCCAGCGGCCAGAAGCUCCGUCACCGUGCCUGCCUCAGAGCCCAGAGAUACUGCAUCCAGGCGAAGCUGGGCAGAGGCAGUUUUGGGACCGUAUUCCUGGUGCGGGACACUGAGGUCGCGGAGGGGGAGUACCUCAAGGUGCUGAAGGAGGUACCAGUGGGUGACCUGAACCCCGACGAGACAAUGCAGGUCCAGACGGAGGCCCAGCUGCUCGCCCAGCUCCACCAUCCCUCCAUCUUGAAGUUCUACAACAGUUUCCUGGAGAAGGACAUCUUCUGCAUCAUCACCGAGUACUGUGAGGAUGGGGAUCUGGACUGCAGGCUGGAAGAGCUCCGCCAGGCAGGGGCGAGGCUACCUGAGAGCCAGGUGGCGGAGUGGCUCGUUCAGCUGCUGCUGGGCGUACACUACAUGCACCAGAGGAAAAUCCUUCACAGGGAUCUCAAGGCCAAAAACAUUUUUCUAAAGAAGAACAUUGUUAAAAUAGGUGACUUCGGAGUUUCCCGCCUCCUGAAUGGGUCAUGUGACCUGGCCACCACCUUCACCGGCACGCCUUUCUACAUGAGUCCAGAGGUGCUCAGCCAUCAUGGUUACAACUCCAAGUCAGACAUUUGGUCCCUGGGUUGCGUCCUAUACGAGAUGUGCAGCUUGGAGAGGGCCUUUAAGGGCCACAGUUUUCUGUCUGUGGUGAUGAAGAUCUUGGAGGGUCCUGUCCCGUCCCUCCCCCAGAGCUACUCCAAAGAGCUUGGUGCCAUUCUGGAGGGGAUGCUCAGCAAGGACCCGGCGGUGAGGCCGUCUGCAGCUGACCUUCUGAAGAUGAGCUGCAUUGAGGAGAACAUGCAGAGUAUAAGACUCAAGAUCUGCAGCAAGGCGCAGAAAUGCGAGAGACACGCUGGCGCAAUGCAGAAGACAGUUCCUUUGGGGCACUCAGACAUGCAGAAGAUGACCCCCCGUGAGAGGAUGAGGCUGAAGAAGCUACAAGCUGCUGAUGAGGAGGCCAACAGGCUAAAACAUCUCGCGGAGGAGAAGUAUGAGGAAAACUGUCGGCGCAUGCAGGAACUGCGGUGUCUGCAUUUCCAGAAAGUCAGCGUGGAUGUACUAAGUGAAAGUACAGAGGCGACCGGCUCCCAUAUCACAGUGCAAGGAGGCUGGUCACUGGGACAACUAGAUGUGAUGGGUGACCAAGAUCCAGACGCUCUCAGGCUUUCAGAACUGGAAGGCAAUGUGUUCUGCACCACCUGGUUUGGUGUACUCCAGCCAAUUUAUUAUGGAUGCCAGUGUCUGUCAGUUAGGUGCAUUACAGAGAGUCUUGGCACUGAAGCUUAUCAUCCUGAAUUCUACCCCACGGUUACAGAGAUUCCAGUGGAUCCCCAAAAAGCCGAGGCCUACUACAAUGAGGAUGGGUUUGAAUCUUGCUCCGAAGAAGAUGACGAGGCUGAUGAAGAACUUACAAGUGGGCAGCAGGAUAGUGACCUGGAGGCCAUGGUGAGCUAUAUGAAGAACAUUCUAGGAAACCCCAGCACUGAGGUUCCAGACAGAGGGUGCCCGAGUCCCCGUACAGCAACCACGCUGGACUGUACCAUGGCAGAGACACGGGUGCAGCGCAUCAGGGAGUGAGGGGUCUCACUCAUUGCUUCCUGGGGCGGCGAUGUAAUCAGAGCCGUCUCUCCAGGUGAGGGGUCUCACUCAUUGCUUCCUUACAUGGACCUGGCACCUCUCACAGAUGAUUCAUGAUCUUUCAGUGGAAUGCUGGCGUAUUCUGAUUCCGGUGAUACACGUAUGCUGAUUACAGCAAACAGGAAGGAUUGAAAUACUUGACAUGCGCCAUAUUGACAGACUGACCUGCGUCACACUCAGGGAACCCAGAAUUACAUAUAGGGUUUAUGAAAUCUCAUUAUUGACUUUCUGCAAAUUCAUCAAUAGGACCUAAGUAGCUGAGUGCAGUGAGGAUUAAGUGAAUUUUUCUGGGUUUGUUUAAUAUCGCGAACCUUUAUUUGAUAGUAGGGAUUCAUCUAUGCUCAGCCUUACAAUCCUUCUAGAACAGUGGUUCUUAACCUGGGUUCGAUCGAACCCCAGGGGUUCGGUGAGUCAGUCUCGCGGGUUCGGCGGAGGUCAAAACACACACCCGACUCAUAUGAUUCGUGAUGACAUAUUUUAUUUUUCCAAUUAAGAAGGGUUCGGUGGACGCGCCUAUGAAACUGGUGGGGUCAGUACCUCCAACAAGGUUAAGAACCACUGUUCUAGAACAUGGCCUACGUGGUUUGUGUGAGAUCCAGAGUGGGCCGCAACCGAGCGUGUAAAUUAGUAUGGUGUGCAAAGGAUCGCUUCAAAUGCUAACGGUCCACACCUCCAUGUGUCACGUGGAGGUCCAUCCAGAGGAAGCUGGGAGCUGCAGAGUUCCAGACGGUCUACAAGUACUUGAAGCAGGCCAGACAGCAGCAGGAGAGUGAAGCCCAGGUGUGGGAGAACCUCGGCCAGCUGGUGGACCAGCCCAGCAACUGCUUUGAG